CCGACAACGUGCUCUUGGGGUGUAGCUUACUGAAUAGUGAACACUAUGGCACCACAGAAGAAAACAAAAAAGAGCAUUGAAAACAUUAACUCAAGGCUUGCCUUGGUGAUGAAAUCGGGGAAAUAUGUUCUAGGAUACAGACAAACCCUGAAAACCUUAAGACUUGGCAAAGCCAAAGUGGUCAUAAUUGCCAACAACACUCCUCCUCUCAGGAAAAGUGAGAUUGAGUACUAUGCCAUGUUGGCCAAGACUGGUGUCCACCAUUACACAGGGAACAACAUUGAGUUGGGAACAGCCUGUGGAAAAUAUUUCCGAGUCUGCACAAUGAGCAUUACUGAUCCAGGUGAUUCUGACAUCAUCAGAAGCAUGCCAUCACAAGAAGGAGGCCAGUAAUGUCAUUCAGCUAAAAUAAAUUCAGUUUUAGUUGA